CCCUAAUGACCGCGCAGCGCGAGCAGAUGCAGCACCUUCGUAGUCAUGAUAUCAUGUUAGAGGCGAUGCGCGUUGGAUUCACAGAUUUUGCACGUGAUAUGAUGGAGUACUUAACGGACCAAGUCCACCUCGCGAUCUGUAAGACUGAAAAAUUCUGCACGAGCGCCAUUGAGGGUGCCAAGAUGGCGGCUUUCGAGGAAGAGGAGUCUGCCCCACGCCGCGAGAAGGUCAAGGUCCGUUUCCCUAAGCCCUUCAAUGGAAAGAAGGGAGAGGACUUUGACAAUUGGGAGGCCAAUGUAAACUCCUACCUGAACUUACAGGGUGUCGCACCAGAAGACCAUGUUUUGGUGGCCUUCCAGGCAUUACGAGACGAAGCGACCAGCUUUGCGAAGUCGCUAGCGCGGGCCGCGAAUUGUGACAAUGAUAUGGUCACGUAUUCAAGACUCACGCCUUUGUCUCAGUUCCUUAAGUCUCUUAGGGAACGGUUUUCGGACAUCACGCGGGGGCUUAAGGCCUCUGAUAAAUUACAGAUGAUCCAUACACGCCAGUGGAAGAGUGUGCAUGCACUCAAAUCGGCUAUGGAUGAGUUGAUCGUUAUGCCUGGGCAUGGAGUAACUGAUGCCCAGCUACUCCAACUCUUUUAUCGUGCCCUGCUCGAGCAUGUGCAAGGGCAUUUCUUUGAGAAAAAGCAACAACCAGGGAUGACUUACGAUGUGCUCAGUAGGGAGGUUGUAGCCUUCGCCGCUCAAGCAUCGCUAGUUACCGCAUUUUGGCACAAAGAUCUAACAAAAGGAAAAACAUGGAAGGGACGCAGCAUCUCAGGCCAAAUUAAGGCCAAAGAUAGUCUAAUUCUCACGAUGGAAGAAGUUGGUGCAAAGGAAGUUCCCUACUCAGACAUUGAGUGGGGACUUGAGGAGGGAGGCAGUAGUGUAGACCAGGGGAGAACCUACGUUGCUGUCGCGGCCGGAGGGAGGCCGCAAAGAGGAGGACGAGGGCCUGGCCGGAAUGGUCGGGCCCUAGGUGGCCAAGGGCAAGACGGCCAGGGGGUUGGCGGUAACAGGAACUGUCAAGAGGGAGGCAGGGUUCAAGGUCCCCCGUCUAACUGUCCACGCCAGAGUCGGUCACCUCCCAGACAGGGAUGGUGGCACCCAGGUCGGGCCGAGGGACGACCUUGGGAAGACUUGGGAAUUGAGCAGAGUGUGUGGCAGGGUCGUAUAGAUAGGUCUCAAUGUGUAUUCUGCGGGGAUCCUGGCCACAUCAUCAAAUUUUGUCCCAAGUAUAGGAGUCGUGUUGCUUCUGGGGCAGCAAAAGACAGUCGUCGGUAGGGGUCGCAAUUGCCUCUACCCUAG